AUGCAAUCCCAAAAUAAUCAAUAUCUCUAAUUUGUUGGGAAACCACAUAUCACUUCAGUCAUUGCAGGAGGAAGGAGAAGAGUAAAUUACACAUUCGAAGAUAAAAGUGAACUUGUUGAGGAAUAUGAUAUCAACAAUCAUGAAUUAAUUACUAGAAAAUGGAAAAAGGUAUCUAAUAUUAAAGAAUCAUAAUGGGUUUAUGAAGUUGGCGAAGCUCCAAUCGAUCAAUAAAGCGAAUUGAAAUUAUCCAAUACAAAUCCUAUAUUUUUAAGGAAAGAUACUCCUCAGCACUUCUAAUUUAGAGUUCGUAAUCUGAGUUAUCCAGAAGAUGUUUAUCAAAUGGAAAUUGAUGAAAAAACUCAAGAAAUUGUGAUCAAAACAACAAAUAAAAAAUAUUACAAAAGAUUUGCAAUACCUGAUAUGAGGAGAGCAAAUCUCAAGCUCGAAUAGGGGAAGGUUACUCAUGUUUACAAGAAUAAUACUCUUAUUGUGUCUUACCCAAAACCAGAUCAGAUACUAGAGAGAGAAUAUUAGAUUAGACAGGAAUUUGAUAAAUUAAACAAGAAGAAACCUAAAGAAGGUGAUUUAGAGUGUGCAUAACAAUGAUAUAUAUAUCUAAUAUAUUUUCAUUUAAAUAGUAAUAAGUCAUCAUUUAAAA